GGCGGGUGGGAGGGAGAGAAGUUCUGGAAGUUAGGACAUUAAGGACUGCUUAUAUCUAGGGGGAAGGGGUCGCCAGCCUCAGGGCUUGAUAGUCUCACUAGGGGCUGGCGCAUAAUUGAUAUUUGAAACGAAAAAACCCUGCUUUGUUUUACUUCCUGUAUACCUCAAGUACUUGUGAAACCCAGUGAGGAAUGAAGGUGUAACAGGAAAAGUGAGGUUUUUCCGCUCUUUCUGUCUCUCCCUGACUUCUUUUUGGGAAGAGAAAAGAAACAUAAGAAUUGUCUCUUUUAAAAAAAAGAAGAAAAGAAAAUACAAAGUUUAUAAAUGUGCAUUACAGAUCAGAAUUGACUGGCCUGCUUUGUAAGAAAGUGUGUGUUCGUGGCAUAUCCGUUAAAGACCACAGCAUUAAAACCAUAUAUAUUCCUUUUGCUUUUGCAGUCAUGUUGCUAAAAGUACACACGUUUAGUAGGAAAGUGUUUAGUAGCUUGUUGCACUGCCCUGGUCUGGGUGUUACCUGUCUUGGGAUGGGAAAAAGUUUAAUCCAGCAGCUUCCGUGUAGAAACUUCCACAUCUCCUGCCAAAGAUGUACAGCGAUGCCAUCCUGGGUGAUUGACCGUUACGGAAAGAAUGAUGUGCUGCGAUUCACAAAUAACAUGAUGUUCCCUUUAAUCAACUUCCCUAAUGAAGUGAUUAUUAAAGUCCAUGCUGCAAGCUUAAAUCCCAUAGAUGUUAACAUGCGAAGUGGUUAUGGAGCAGCUGCUAUAAAGAUGAAGCGGGAUCCGUUGCACAUCACAAGCACAGGCAGUGAAUUCCCUCUCACACUUGGUCGGGAUGUUUCUGGAGUUGUGAUGGAGUGUGGACUAGAUGUGAAAUAUUUCAAACCCGGAGAUGAGGUAUGGGCAGCAGUUCCUCCCUGGAAACAAGGCACUUUGUCAGAGUUUGUUCUGGCAAGUGGAAACGAGAUCUCUAGAAAGCCCAGAUGUCUCAGCCACACUCAAGCAGCUUCCUUGCCUUAUGCUGGUCUAACAGCAUGGUCUGCCAUUCGCCACGCUGGGGGGCUAAAUCAGGAUAAUUGCAGCAAUAAGAGAGUAUUGAUCUUUGGUGCAGCAGGUGGAGUAGGUACCUUUGCUAUACAGCUAAUGAAAGCCUGGGGUGCUCAUGUGACAGCAGUUUGUUCCCAAGAUGCCAGUGAACUCGUGAAACGUCUUGGAGCAGAUGAAGUGAUUGACUACAAAUCUGGAAGUGUGGAAGAACAGCUGAAAACGUUACCACUGUUUGAUUUUAUCUUAGAUAAUGUUGGUGGAUCCACUGAAAAAUGGGCUCCUGAUUUCCUCAAAAAAUGGUCAGGAGCUACCUAUGUCUCCUUGAUAACACCCUUCUUGGUCAACAUGGACAGGCUUGGUGUAGCGGAUGGCAUGUUACGGACUGGAAUGACCUUCGGUUCAAAAACUUUCAAGCAUCUUUGUAAAGGGGUUCAUUACCGGUGGGCAUUUUUUGCACCAAGCGGCCCUUAUCUGGACGAAAUAGCUGCUCUCGUUGAAGAAGGAAAGAUACAUCCAGUUAUUGAUCAAGUUUUCUCCUUUUCUGAUGUUCCCAAGGCGUUCCAGAAGAUGGAAGAAGGGCAUGCACGUGGAAAAACGGUGAUUAAUGUAACAGAUAAAUAAAUAUUUUCUGUCUAGGUACUCUGAUUUCUGUGGAAUUUUUUAGUUCCUAUAUGACAGUUUUCUUACAUGGGACUUUGGCAAGCUACUAAUAUCUAGAGGGUAAAGGUACCCCUGACCAUUAGGUCCAAUCGCGGACGACUCUGGGGUUGCGGUGCUCAUCUCGCGUUAUUGGCU